UUAAGAUCAUUCCUCAAUUCCUCUUAGCCUUUCAGCUACAUAGCUAGUCCAUUAACUUAAGAGAUUUUAAAUAAAUGCCAGGGAAAAGGAAAAGGAAAGCUACAUAACCAAGUAAAUCUGUAUCUAAUUAGGAGAAAUUGGAUAAAUAGGGUGUUAUCAGCUGUUUGACAUACAGCUGAUAAAAAUUACCUUCAGCUAGGUAUCCUUGAUGUCUGAUUACGGAAGUGAACCUAGCCCACGCACACACCUAAAAUUUAUUUAAGAGACCAACAGAGGCUCUUCCUGGCUUUUAGGAAGAAGACUGGUAUGGGGAAACGUGUUUCUUGGUAAUUCUUCCAAGCUAUGGCACUUCCCAGCAAAUUCUUCCUUUGUUUUUGCUGCUUUGCCUGGCUCUGUUUUCCUAUUAGCCUUGGUUCUCAGGCUUCUAGGGGAGAAGCUCAGAUUGCAGCUAGUGCUCCACUGGAAUCUGAGGCUGAGCCUCGGUCCUUUCUGCAGCCUCUAGAUGGGAGACACAGACCUGGCCUCCUUUCUCCUCUCUUUAAGGUUCUGUACGAUGGGCAAACGGAGGCCCCCAGGCUGCAGCCAGAUGACAGAGCUUUGCACUACAUGAAGAGGCUCUAUAAGGCCUGUGCUACCAAGGAGGGGAUCCCGAAAUCCAACAGAAGUCACCUCUACAACACUGUUCGGCUCUUCGCCCCCUGUGCCCAGCACAAGCAGGCUUCUGGGGACCAGGUGACAGGUACCCUUCCAUCAUCAGUGGACCUGCUGUUUAACCUGGAUCGUGUUACUGCUGUUGAACAUUUACUCAAGUCAGUCUUGCUAUACACUUUCAACAACUCCGUUUCUUUUCCCUCUCCUGUUAAAUGUGUAUGCAACCUGGUGAUAAAAGAGCCAGAGUUUUCUAGCAAGACUCUCCCAAGAGUUCCAUACUCAUUUACCUUUCACUCACAGUUUGAACUUAGAAAGAAAUACAGAUGGAUUGAGAUUGAUGUGACGGCUCUCCUUCAGCCUCUAGUGGCCUCCAACAAGAGGAGUAUUCACAUGUCUGUAAGCGUCACGUGUGUGAAAGACCAGCUGCAGCAUCCUUCAGUGCAGGACAGUCCACUUAACGUGACUCUUCUGGCAGCCCCCUCACUGCUUUUAUAUCUGAAUGACACAAGUGCUCAGGCUUAUCACAGGUGGUAUUCCCUCCACUAUAAAACGAGGCCUUCACAGGGUCCUGACCAGAAGAGAGAGCUGUCUGCCUAUCCCAUGGGAGAAGAGGCUGCUGAGGGUGUGUCCCGUCACCGGAGAGAUCAGGAAACUGUCGGCUCUGAAUUGAAGAAGCCUCUGGUUCCAGCUUCAUUCAAUCUGAGUGAAUACUUCAAACAGUUUCUUUUUCCCCAAAAUGAGUGUGAGCUCCAUGACUUUAGACUUAGCUUUAGUCAGCUGAAGUGGGACAACUGGAUUGUGGCUCCACGCAAAUACAACCCUCGAUACUGUAAAGGGGACUGUCCCAGGGCGCUCGGACAUCGGUAUGGCUCUCCGGUUCACACCAUGGUGCAGAACAUCAUCCAUGAGAAGCUCGAUUCCUCAGUGCCGAGACCAUCCUGUGUACCUGCCAAGUACAGCCCUCUGAGUGUUUUGGCAAUUGAGCCUGAUGGCUCAAUCGCUUACAAAGAAUAUGAAGAUAUGAUAGCCACUAAGUGCACCUGUCGUUAACAUAGGCUCCUCUCAAGUAAAACCGUGAGUCUCCUGGCCAAAGUAAAUGCCGUGCGCCUGUCUGUGCCUUUGGGAGAAAGUUUCAUGUAUCAAGUCUCUAAAUGUAAUGCAGUGUGUUGUGUGAGGAGGAGCCUGGGUAGAUGAGCACAUUCUGUGGCAUCUAUCACGGUAAAGGGAUAACAGCUGCCUUUCUCAUUGCCAAAUGUAAAUGAAAUGUACUUCUUUUGGAAAGCUUUACAUUUUUUUCCCCUGAGUGAUUAUUUUUUUUCUUUUGCAGGAGUCUUGUUUUUGAUGUAAGAAAAAAAGCUUAAUUAGCAUAAAUCUUGGAUGGAACUGCAGCUCUAAAUAGGCAAUUCAGAUUGCUGUAGUCUUAUUUAAUGGAACAAUAAAUUGCUGUGAGUGGCA